UCAGUGCAUAUCUGAAUUUAGAGAUGAUUUUAAGUUAAUAUGGAUCAGUUUCAUUUCAUCUAUGCGUGCUUGUUAUCAGUGUUUAUUUUGGAAAUAUUAUUGAGUUUUUUCCUGUACACUUUCAUACUGCAAAUCGAUGCCAAGUGCUUUAAAGUUUAUGAAACCCUCGUUCUCGAGGAAGAAACUAAAGUUUUUGACCGUGUCAAACGGAGUGAUACUAUUUCUGACAACUCAGUGACGCAGCAUGUUGAAUUUUAUAACCCAAAUUUGAAAUCAGAGUUGGAAGAAAAAGAGAAAACUAGCUACUCUAGUAACUCAACAACAGAUAAUCCAUGGCGAUGGCUCAACACAUAUUCUCGAAUUCCCGUUGUUGCUCUAGAACAGUAUUGCAGAGAUACACAAAACUACUGCCCUCCGGGACCACCUGGACCUCAAGGGCCGCAGGGACUUCCUGGUCAGCGAGGUAACGAAGGCCCAAAGGGUGAUAAAGGCGAUCAUGGGCUUCAAGGAGAACCAGGUAUCAGAGGUCCCCCUGGAUCACCUGGAGAGCCGGGUCCUCGUGGACCUAAAGGAGAGAUGGGAAGUCCAGGUGUUGCUGGACUUGAUGGAAGGGAUGGUGUACCUGGAGAACCAGGGUUAGAUGGUAUCCCUGGUAGAAAUGGUUUAGAUGGGAUACCUGGCCGGGAUGGGCUAGCUGGUAAAGAUGGAAAUCCUGGAUUCAACGGAACAGAUGGCAUACCUGGAGAUAUUGGACCACCAGGACCAAUUGGGCCUCCAGGACCGAGAGGAAUAACGGGUCCACGAGGGAAACCAGGAAGACCGGGUACUAAUGGUAUUCCUGGAACUCCAGGUGUCAAUGCCUGGCUGUCACCAGUCAAUGGAAGCAAUGAGCUACUGAUUCCUCCUGCCAUAGUCGGUUCUAGUCCACUCUUGUUUUCUGGUCCUAUCAUUGUUCAUGAGCGGGAUAAUGUAAGUCUUCUGUGUGCUGCUACUGGCACACCAAGGCCAACUAUUCAGUGGCGCAGAUUAGAUAAAUCAACUGUUGAUCUCGGACGAUGGAAAGACUCGGCUGUCAAUGGUAACGUAAUAAAAAUUCCAAUGAUAACUAGGGCGGACAUGGGUGUGUACCAAUGCAUAGCAGACAAUGGGAUCCCUCCUUCUGCUAAUCAAACUUUUACACUGGAGGUAUACUUCCAGCCUAUGAUAAAGAUAACAAAACCCUUAGGUGUCAUGAACGGUUCCUCUUUAAUAUUGGAGUGCGAAGUUCAGGCAUACCCAGAACCCGUUCGAUAUUGGGAAAAGGGUGACGGGAAGUUGAUCAGUGAAAGCAGUGGCAAAUACCGGUUUCUCAUUCUAGAAAUCAACAAAUACACUUCACUGAUGCAAUUAAACAUCACAAAAUUCAACGCAACAGAUGCGGGUUUCUACAAUUGUGUCGCUAAAAAUGAAGUUGGAAUACAAAGUGGAUCACUCUCAGCAUUUGAAAUUGAUCCAAGACUUCCUACAUCCAGCGGGGGAAAAGUUUAUGGAGAACUAGCCCCUCAGAAAGUUGGUUUGGAGGACUUCUGUCCGCAGGUUGAGCCAUGCCCGCAGUGUCCGGACGUGAAGGAAUCCAAAUGCAAAGAGAGCAUCUACUCAAUCUACAAUCUUCUCGGACACAAAGAAUUAGAAAUCUGGAAUCUAGGCAACAACACCUAUCCAAAACUCACCAACAGAUCACUAGACUGUCAGGUUUAUGCGGUGGGGAAACCAGUGUUUCAUCGAUUUACGAAUUCAGAUUUUGGAAGCUGGAUGAGGGACCUGAAUCCAAAGAACGAAAUGAGUUCUGAAAAAUACUGGGUCACCAAAGAGAAUGAUCAUAAUUAUUUGUACGAAUUUUCCAACAAAACUUACUACACUAAAGAUAAAACAACUAAAAAGUACCGUUUACUGAAUCCAUUCAUGGGGCACGAGCAUAUAAUUCACAAUGGAUCAUUCUAUUACCAUGAAAGAAACAAUCCUCGGGUUAUCAGGUUGGACUUAACAACAGAAACUUUCAUCGCUGCAAAAUUACCAUUCUUAGUCAUUAACCAAUCAAAUUACUUGUAUCAGCGGAAAGAUCUGUUUUUGGACUUCUCAGUCGAUGAAAAUGGUCUGUGGGUGGUUUAUGGGCUGCCUGGCCCUAACAACACGGCUGUCCUGAAAAUGGAUCCAUAUUCCUUGGAUAUAGAGUAUGCCUGGAAUAUCAGUCUUAAGCAUCAAAAAGUAGGAGAUACUUUCAUCGUUUGUGGUGUAUUAUAUGCUGUGGAUAGCGCCUCUGACAGGAAUACUAAUAUUAGGUUUUCAUUAGACUUAUACAAGAGCACUUUACUAGAAGUCAGUUUGCCUUUUACAAAUCCAUUUAGAAAUACAACAAUGAUAAGUUAUAAUCACAAAAGUAAAGAGCUGUAUACUUGGGAUAAAGGUAAUCAGCUGACGUAUCCAAUUCGGUAUCAUGAAAUAGGCUACAACAUUUCGAAGGAAGAGAAAGAACCUGAAUCCAACCUUGUGAACAGAACAGAUGUCGAAAUUAACACAGAGUAAGAAAUUAGUCCCAGUCCCAGUAGAAAAAGCAAAAGCACAGUAAGUCAUGUGAUAAAACUUCCAUUUUAGUUAAUUUACUGUCGUAUCUCGUUAUAACGUUUUUGAAGGGUAAAUGAGAGUAGAGUGUUGUCUCCAGGAAAACAUUAUUUUGAGAGACGCUACAGUGAGAAAUGACUUGCCGGGCUUAAAAAUAUGAACGUCAUUUCCGAAAAAACGUUAUUUCGAGGUAUGUUAUUACGAGAUACGGCUGUAGUUCAUGUAAAAAAUGAAAGCCAUUAUGAGAGCUGUGUGACUUGCUGAUAAAGUGUUGACUUAGAAUUCGUGACUUGUACUUUUCUCUAAUUAAAUUUUUAUGUUUUUAAAA